UUUGUUAAACAACCCGGAAACAAAUGUAGGCCCGGAACGUUUCUUAGGAGCCCGUACUACAGCAGUUGUUUUAACCAAGUGUUUUGAAACAUUUUUUUAAUUACUAGUGUUUAUUGCUUGUAUAUGAACUACGGGAGAUGGGAGUCCCCGCAUUUUUUCGUUGGCUGAGUCGGAAGUAUGCGUCAAUUAUUGUGCAUAGUGUUGAGGAGAGGUCGAAGGAAUGCAAUGGUGUGCGUAUUCCCGUGGACACCAGCAAGCCAAAUCCGAAUGAAGUGGAAUUUGACAAUUUGUACUUGGACAUGAAUGGGAUCAUUCACCCGUGUACACAUCCUGAAGACAAGCCUGCCCCCAAAAAUGAAGAUGAAAUGAUGGUUGCCAUUUUUGAGUACAUUGAUCGUCUUUUCAAUAUAUGUCGACCAAGAAGGGUGCUCUACAUGGCUAUAGAUGGAGUGGCCCCCCGAGCCAAAAUGAACCAGCAGAGGUCCAGGAGAUUCCGGGCGUCCAAGGAAGGGACCGAGUUGGUUGAAGAGAAAAACAAAAUGAGAGAGGAGGUCAUCCAGAGAGGAGGGUAUCUUCCACCUGAUGAAAUAAAGGAGAGGUUUGACAGUAACUGCAUCACCCCAGGAACAGAAUUCAUGGACAACCUUGCAAAGUGUCUCAGAUACUAUGUGGCAGAUAGACUCAGUAACGAUCCUGGUUGGCGUAACCUUACGGUUGUUUUGUCUGAUGCCAGUGUGCCAGGUGAGGGGGAGCACAAGAUUAUGGACUACAUCAGGAGGCAGAGAGCUCAGCCUCACCAUGACCCGAACACCCAUCACUGUCUUUGUGGGGCUGACGCCGAUCUUAUCAUGCUGGGGCUGGCCACACAUGAGCCUAACUUCACCAUCAUCCGAGAGGAGUUCAAGCCCAACAAGCCCAGGCCAUGUGCUCUGUGCAACCAGAUGGGUCAUGAGAUCAAAGACUGCCAGGGAGUGGCAAGAGAAAAGCAGGGAGAGCAUGAUCAGUUUGCAGACUCUGUGCCGGCUUCAGAACAAGAAUUCAUAUUCAUAAGACUCUCUGUAUUGCGUGAGUAUCUGGAAAGGGAGCUGACAAUGGCGAGUCUACCCUUUCCCUUUGACUUUGAGAGGAGUGUUGACGAUUGGGUCUUCAUGUGUUUCUUUGUGGGAAACGAUUUCCUGCCUCAUUUGCCGUCGUUAGAAAUAAGAGAGGGUGCCAUAGAUCGGCUGGUGGGCAUCUACAAGGAUGUUGUCCACAAGACCGGAGGCUACCUGACGGAGAAUGGCUUUGUCAACCUGGAACGAGUCGAACUGAUCAUGCAAGCAGUGGGUGUGGCCGAGGACAACAUCUUCAAGAAACGCAAAGAUGAUGAUGAGGGCUUCAAAAGAAGAAUGAAGGAGAAGAAAAAGAGAAUGAAAGCCCAGCAGGCCCCAUCCUACCUGACCUCUGGUCAGUUUGCCCCUCAGGCCCUGGGUGGGAGAGGCCGACCCCAACAUGUGGAGAAUGCUCGGCAGCAGGCCUUCGACAUGAGGAUGCAGUCCAGAGAGCAGCACAACAAGGAUGCAGCGCAAUCCCUGAAGGCCAUGAUGAAGAAUGGUGGGAAGAGCUCUGCAGGGCCCAGUGACGCGGCGGACGGCCGAGGCCUGAAGAGGAAAGCCGAGGACAGCGACAGCGAGCCCGAGCCUGAAGACAACGUCAGGUUGUGGGAGGAUGGCUGGAAGCAGAGAUACUACAAGACCAAGUUUGACGUCGACGCCACCGACGAGGACUUCAAGCGCAAGGUUGUCCGGUCCUAUGUGGAGGGCCUGUGCUGGGUCCUGAGGUACUACUACCAGGGGUGUGCCUCCUGGAAGUGGUACUUUCCUUUCCACUAUGCUCCGUUUGCAUCCGACUUCAAAGACAUCAAAGGCCUGUUCACCGAGUUCGAGGUUGGGACCAAGCCGUUCAAGCCCCUGGAGCAGCUGAUGGGUGUUUUUCCUGCCGCCAGUGGAAACUUCCUGCCAGAGACCUGGCGUACGCUCAUGAGCAACCCAGACUCUUCCAUUAUUGAUUUCUAUCCUGACGACUUUGCGAUCGAUCUGAAUGGAAAGAAGUAUGCCUGGCAGGGUGUGGCUCUGUUGCCCUUUGUGGACGAGCGCAGGCUGAGGGCGGCUUUGGAUGACGUGUACCCUGACCUCUCCUCUGAGGAAGAAAAAAGGAACAGUCUGGGAAGCGAUGUGCUGUUUGUGGGCAAGUCCCACGCUCUCUGCGACUUCAUCCAGGAGCUGUAUCUUACCAAAUGUCACCAGGGAACUGAGAUGCCUGCAGAGCUAUGCCAUGGAAUCCAAGGGACACUAAGUCUUGAUGAAGAGCCUAUUCUACCAGAUGAGCCAGUGGAGUCUCCAAUCCCUACGCUCCGAGACAUUGCACAGAACAGUGCGAUAGGAAUAAAGUAUGUGGAUCCCCAGUAUGCAGAGGGCUUUGUGUUCAAGGCAGUUGUUCUUCCUGGGGCCAAGCUCCCUAACAAGGUGCUUAAGCCCGGGGACUGGGAGAGGGGCAACCGGGGCCCCUGGAGGCCCCAGCUUGGGUUCAACCCUAACCGACAGCAGACCCACCUGGACCAAUCAGCGUUCCGUGCUCUGGGUCACAGCAUGAACAGAGGUGGACAGUACAGCAACGCCCCGCCCCCUGGCAACUACAACCGGGGGAACUACCGCCCCCAACACAGUGGCGGGCAUCCCCCAUCUUUCCCACAUUCCAGGCAGCAGGGUAUACUAGGAGCCCCUCCCCCGUACAACCCUCAGCAAUACCCAAGGCAGCAGUAUGGUGGACAGGGCUGGGACCGGUCAAUGCAGUCCCAAGGAGCAGCCUACCAACAAAACAUGGCCCGGGGCCGUGGGGGGGGUGCUGGAAACUACCAGCAACGCUACGACGACCGCCGAGAUGACCGCAGAGACAACAGACCACCGCAGGGUUACAACUCUGGACAGGGUUAUCCACCACCACCACCUGCCAGGCGUUACGAUUGGAAUUAAUUUCAGAUGUAGACAAGCUGAGGAUUUUCAGUUUGCUACUUGUCUUUUUCAGGCUGUUAACUUGUGAAAUGCUUUUUUUCUUAUUUUAAUUGUACUGAACAUGUUUUAUGUACUGAAUUUUUAAGAUAUAUGCCUGUAAAACUUGUAUAAAACAAGUGAGUCAAAAGACGAA